UUUUAGACUACACAUAUCAAUCGCAAUCGAAUAUGGCCUCUCGAAAAUCGGAUUCUCAGUUACCUGUACCACGUGCAAGGCGAAUCUCUGCAGAACGGCAUAAUUUCGGCCUUUCAACUUUAACUUCUGGUUUACGACGAAAUGGAGCUACAAAGUCUGCGCCUCCAAAUCGAAAUACUACUGGCUCUUCGCUGCCCAUGUCAACGAAGAUCUUUCCUCAAAUACGUAGUAAAUCACCGUUAAGGAUUUCAAUGCCAAGUAAAUCACAGAAUCAUACCAGUCCAUCUGCUAGCAAGAAGAAACUGCCAUCACCAAGUUUAUCACCUGAUAGUAAUCGUGAUUCAAGCCCACUAAUGCGCUUUCUAAAUUCUGCUUCUCCAAAACUACGUCAUCACAACAAAAAUGAUUCGCAAAAUUCAAACGGUAAAAUUACACGGCAGAAGAGUGAUUCUGAUUUGCUUAUGGAUUGGCAACGUGGGAAUCCGAGUAAAGGUUCUUCGAGAAUUCCAACCCCUGGAAAGGUCAGCGUCAAUGAUCUUGCUAAGGAGUUUGAAUCUUCAAUUGCUUCUCAAUCGAAAAACUCUGUUGCUUCUGGAACACCGAAAAAACUGACACUAGGACGCAGUAUCUCUGCUGGUAAACAGGUUUCCUUCAGUACCAAUUACUCACUAGGAGGAAGCUCCACAUUGAGAACUGGUAGUGGACGAGCGUUGCCGACUCGUGGAAGCCUUACAAGGGAGAGGUCGUCUGAGCUCCUAGGGGAAGAGGGUGAAGAGGUUUUACUUAGUCCACCUCCGAAGAAGAAGAUCAAUGUCUUGGAUAAAUAUGCCCCGAUUGAACCCGUGGAUUACGAAGAAGUAAUAAUCAAGAAGAAGACGGCCAUCACCAAUGACCCACUACGGCUUAUGCUCACGUUCCCUCAUGAUGAUGUAUCCUCAUCAACUCAGCCACGGAAAAAUAGAACAACACGAACGUCUGUUCCUGAAACCGGAAGUGAUGAAGCUCAAAAUCUGUUUGUUAAAGAGUGCAUUAACGCAUAUACGUCAGACUGGAAAAUGAUUGAUAAUAAAUAUGCAGAGUAUUCCGGUGAAUAUAGUGAUCUAAAAAAAUGGAAUGAGCAGAAGGCAUUGACUCAUCCGGAACUAAAAUUUGAAAUUGAUGAAACGGACGAAGAUUCUAAGCUUGAUGAUCAGUUGAUAAACAAUGUACAGAAGCAGGGCUUCAUGUACAAGACACCGUUUGGCAACAAGAAUGAUCAGUUACAAUUCAUGAGGACAUACAAACGCCGUUAUUUCUACCUGAAACAACUUGCUGACAAAUCAUAUUUGCUAUCAUACCACAAAGAUGAAAAGAGCCGUACAGCCAAAGGGACCAUUAGUCUUGCAGAAUUAACAUCAGUUCAAAAGCAAACCAAAACAAGGAAGUUUGGAAUGGAGUUGGUAAUGUCCGAUCGUUCGUCAUACAACGUUGCUGCAGAGAGCGAGUUGGAGAUGGAUGACUGGUAUGCUGCAUUCAAUAAAGUUAUUGAGUUCCAGAAUCAACUGAGCAACAUGGAUAAAGUUAGUAUCGCGUCAAUCGACGACAGGGAAAUACCAGAUGCUGGUGAAGAUAUGUAUUCUGGAUUAAGCGAAAGCAAACAUCCUGAACUAACACGUUACGGACGAGAAAAUGAGCGAACUAAUGCGCAAAAGCGCAAAGAAAAUCGACAAAACCUCUUCCUCACCUACACCAGAAUGCAUCAACGGUCAGACAAGAGUCCAUCAGAGAAGUCUUACAAGCCUUAUGAAGAAAAAUUUGGUGUUCGAUUCGUGGUUGAGCCCAAGGUUCUUCGAUUCCGUCUCUCUGCAUGUAUUGGGGCCAACGGGGAAGUUGACGAAUCUGGAGAUGGAAAGAAAGCAAUCAAUAUGGAGCCGUUUUUUGUGACGCUAGCUCUGUACGAUGCAAAACACAGCAAGAAAUUGUCAGAAGACUUUCACGUGUAUCUAAAUGACGAAAUUAUCCGGCAACAGCUGAGACUAGAUUCGGACAUUCCAAAUGGAUCAAGUUCAUCGUCGUCUUCAUCGUCAUGGACACCAGAUCUUGGAAACCUUAACGAGAAUUGGUUGAAGUACCCAACAAGGGGUCUAUUCUCAGUGAUGCAGCCACAUUCUGAAGUGUAUCUUGUGGUGAAGGUUGAAAAGGUAUUGCAGGGUAGCAUAGCAGCAUGUGCAGAGCCAUACAUCAAGACUGGGGACAUAGCAAAGACAUGCCAGAAGAUUUAUAAGCAAAGCAAAGUGUGUUGUGCAAGGAUGGGUCAGUACAGAAUGCCUUUUUGUUGGGCAGCUAGGCGUGUAUUCAAGGAGAAUACCAAAGAACUAGCAUUGAGGGCAGAGUUUACACAGUUGUAUCGUCACGAUAGUUCCAAGUUAUCGGAGGUUGAUCUCAUAAAGUAUCUACAAGACAUCAAUCGAAACCCUGAGAAGCUUUCCAAAUUGACUGAAAUUCCAGGAACACUUGUAGUAAAUGUGGAACCACUCACUAGAAUGUUGUCAAAUUGUUUAUCAACGUCGUUAGUGCCCAUAAUGCCUUGGCCUGAACCACCAAAUGGACCACCUUCCUUAGAGGUCCAGGAGAUGCAUCUAUCAGAUGGUUCGUCAGCAUAUCCGUUUGUGUCCUAUACAAACAAUUUAUAUGUAUACCCAUUAUCUCUGAAGUAUGAUAGUCAAAAGCAGUAUGCAAAGGCUCGUAACAUUGCAAUCCAAGUAGAACUGCGGGACAGUGAUGAUGAAGGGGCAGGUCCUCUAAAGUGCAUCUAUGGAAGGCCAGGAGGGCCAGCAUUUGUAUCGUCAAUGACAACGGCAGUAUUACACCACCAGCAAUGUCCAGAUUUCAACAAUGAAAUAAAAAUAGCUCUUCCAGUUCAUUUACAUAAUAGACAUCACUUGCUCUUCCGGUUUUAUCAUGUCAGCUGCGAGGUUGGUAAAAGCACCAUCAAGAAGAGGGAGAUAGUUGAUUCAUUUGUGGGUUACGCAUGGAUACCAAUCCUAAAAGAGGAUCGUGUGAAUGUAGGUAGCGCCCUCGGUGUAUCAGUAUCAUCAACACUUCCUCCAGGUUACCUGAGCAACCAAGUUCUUGGAAUGGGAAAGUUGGCUGGUCCAGAGAUUAAGUGGGUAGAUGGUGGCAAGAACUUACUUAAACUGAAUCUACAGCUGGUGUCAACGAUCUACACGAAGGACCAGCAUGUACACAACUUCUUUAAGCAGUGUCAAGAUUGGGACGGCUCACCCACCAAUAGCCUUGAAUUGAUUAAGUUCAUCAAAGCAAUGCACGCUGUAGAGGAGACAACUUUGAUCAAUUUUCUUCCUGUCAUCCUGAACCAGCUGUUCCAUAUUUUACCGAUAGCUGCCGUGGAGGAGGUUCAAUUGAACAUUGUGCGUCUUGUGAUACAUAUCGUUGCAACUGUCCACGAUAAGGGUAGAGAUGACACGUUACACUCGUAUGUAAUGUAUGUAUUUGAGACACAGAAAGAAACAGAACAACGCAAGACAGUACACGAGGAAUUAAUGAAAUGUGUUGCAUCAUCGCUUCGGCCCAGUAAUGAUCCAAUUGUCAUCAAGCAUCUAAUGAAACAUCUAUGGUUCUUUUUCAAGAUCUUAGUCAAAUGCAUGGCUCAGUAUCUUAUUGCAAAUGACUCAUUGAAGCUAGCCCGACACAAACGCUUCUCCGCCAACUUUGAGACUACGCUACGUAACCUGGUCCAGGUCCUGAUGCCCCACAUCAUUCAGAAGCAUAAGGAACAGCCACAGGAGGCUAAGAAUGCCAACUAUCACUUAGCUGAUUUUAUUAAGCAUUGCUUUACCUACAUGGACCGUGGAUUUGUCUUUAGGAUCAUUAACAGUUACCUGGACAACUUCAACCAUGGUGAUCCAAAGCUCCUAGUUGAGAUGAAAUGGGAAUUUUUGAGAGUAGUUUGUAGCCACGAACAUUUUGUCUCCCUCAAUCUUCCGUUGCAAAAGACCAGUCAGAAGCAAUAUAAAGCCUCAGCACUGUCAAAGAAGAAGAGCAAAGCUAAAGAGAGUAAAACCAAAGCAAAGCCUGUCUCUUCCCCCGCUAGUAGGAUUUCCUUAAUUCCAGUUGCUUACUCAGGACUCAAAAAAUAUGACUCCAAUAUACCCUCGGUACUUGUGACCGAGCCCGUCGAAGAGUCACGCGACCCUAGCGACGAUGAACAUCUGAAAGUGUUACGUGGUCAAUCUAUUGAUUACAGAUAUUCUUUUCCGAACCAACAUCUCUAUUAUGGGGCUACCGUGUCGUUGUGCAGCAGUAAGAACGCCAUCAAAGAUUUGCAGUAUGAUUAUGCCUUGACGGAAGAGUUUUGCCAGAACCAUUUCCUGGUGGGAAUCCUGUUACGUGAAGUCGGCGCUACGCUUCACGAAGGACCUGAUGUCCGACAGAUGGGCAUCAGUGUGGUACGUAACCUGCUUGCCAAACACAGCACAGAUGAUCGCUACUCUACUAAGCAACACAAAGCUAGAAUUAGUGCCCUCUAUCUUCCAUUUGUGUCUAUCAUCCUGGAAAAUGCUCCUCGCCUGAAUAUCCGAGAUGUGCCCAGCACGCCUGUUAUUGGUCAGCACCUGAAUGGAGAUGCCUCCAUGGCGGAGAUCACCACCGGUCUUCCAGACGGUCCACAACAUGAGCGCCAUGGAAGUAUGUCCAGUUCAAAGUCAAGGUCGUUAAACCGUGACUCAACUGUAUUGGAUGCCAUUGCUGGCAGAGAUCAGAGUAAUAUCAUGGCAGCUCCCUCAGGAUCACGGCAUUACUCUUUAUCGAACAUAAACGUGUUGAACGUAUCAUCUGAUUCGCCAGCAUUGAGGCGCAUGAGUUCCUCAGGGCUGAAUAACAACGGUGUAGAGAAGAAGUCUAGGUCUCAAAGUGAAAAAUCUAAAUAUAGGUUAUCGUGGAGUCUUCCAGGAACUCCAAAUUUACCAUCUAAGCUCGACAGGAAUCAUAGUAACUCGAGCAACUCGUUGAGUAGCACCGCUACCAACGGGUCGGUUGCCCCCUUCCCCGACAACCACAAAGAUGACAGCUUGAAGGGGAGCUUGAGGAACAAGUCUGUUGUGAUGUUUGAUCGAUUGGCAGAAACUGAAAUUAAGGAUCUACUCAUCUGCCUCCUUACUAUUGUGAAGGACGUCAACGAAGAGGUUAUGCUUGGUUGGUGGGCACAGGCUUCAGAGGAUGACACUCUUCAGUUCUUUGACCUAAUGAUGACAUGCUUAUUCCAUUUUAGGUACAUUGGAAAGAAGCAGAUUAUAUCAGCAAGGCCAUUCACCAGAAAAUUGCAUAAAAGCUGCUUUGCUGGCCAUUCAUACACAACACUUCGUGAAAAAUCUAGUUGGAAUGAAGAAAAAAGCAAGACGUUACCUGCCGCAAGGCAGCGCCCUCUUGUGACAAGAUCAGUGGCCGCAAUUGACAUGAGCAGUUCAUUGUCACUACCGUUGUCUGACACUGAAGCAAACCAACGUGCAAUUCUCGAAGCAAACAUGUCACAUGAAGUUGGACUCAUCGUACUGGAUAUCCUUGGACAAUACCUCAUGAACUUCAAGAACCAACUUGAUGCCAAUGAUGGUGACAACCCAUUAAUGAUGAAAGUGAAGGAGAUCUUCAUCACAAUCCUGCAGUUUGGCCAAUCAGAAUUGCUCUACAAGUACACAUUUGCAUCCUUGCGGGCAUUAGUAAAUAAGUUCCAAGCAGCUAUGUUCAAGGGAAGCUCAACGCUUGUUGGCGAUUUAUGCGUGGAAGUCCUGAAGUGUUGCAACUCGCGUUUUCCAUCAACACGUAACGAAUCAUGUGCACUGCUCUACCUUCUGAUGAGGAGCAAUUUUGAGUUCACAGGACGCAAAGAAUUUGUCAGAGUUCAUCUACAGGUAAUAAUUGCCGUAUCAAAACUUAUUUCUGAUGCUGACAGCGCAAGAUUCCAAGAGUCGUUGGCGAUUGUUAACAACUAUGCCAACAACGACAAGGGAAUGCAGAAUUCUCACUUUCCAUCACAAGUUCGUGACCUUACCAAAAAGAUUAGGACGGUUCUGAUGGCGACUGCACAAAUGAAAGAGCAUGAGAAUGAUCCUGAGAUGUAUGUGGAUCUGCAAUACAGUUUGGCAAGAUCUUACUCCAGUACGCCAGAGCUGCGCAGAACCUGGCUGGAAAGCAUGGCAGAAACGCACAACAAACAUGGCAACUAUUCUGAGGCUGCUUUCUGUUACAUCCACAUCGCUGCAAUUCUAGCGGAGUAUUUGAAACGUAAAGGGGUGUACCCAAAAGGUUGCUCCGUGUUCAAAACAAUCUCUGCCAACGUGGAGGAGGAUGAAAAGGGUGUCAAAGAUGAUGGUGGUAUGCAGGAUGUACAAUAUACUGAGGAACACUUUGUAGAGCAGUUGGAAAAGAUAGCUGGUGCAUUAGACAAAGCAGAAAGGUUUGAGUUGAUAGGAGAGGUGUAUAAGUUGGCCAUUCCAUAUUAUGAACAGCAGCGGGACUUCACUGGCCUGGCAGCAGCAUAUGGCCACGUGCACCAGGCUUACCAAACAGUCUUGAAGGUGAUGAUGUCACAAAAGAGGUGGCUAGGAAAUUACUAUAGAGUUGCUUUCUUUGGACCAAUGUAUUUUGGUUCUGAUGAUGGUAAACAAUACAUUUACAAAGAGCCUAAAGUCACUGGUCUGGUGGACAUUUCACAACGACUUUUUACACUCUGUGAGAGCAAGUUUGGUGGAGGUAAUGUUGAGUUGAUACGAGACUCUGUUAAGGUUGACCAAUCAAAGCUAAACGAGAAGAUUGCAUACAUUCAGGUAACAUUUGUGAAACCUUACUUUGAUGAAAAAGAUUUGGAGAGCAGGAAGACUGAAUUUGAACGCUCAAACAACAUCAAUCGGUUUGUUUUUGAAACACCGUACACCAAAGCAGGGAAGGCACGUGGGUCAGUGGAACAGCAGUGCAUGCGCAAAACUAUCCUCACAACUUCGCAUACAUUCCCUUAUGUGAAGAAACGCAUCAAAGUGAUGUACGAGCACCAUCAGGAACUAAGCCCGAUCCAAGUAGCUAUCGAUGAAAUGAAUACCAGGGUCAAAGAACUGCAUCAGGUGACCACAUGCAUAUCACCUGACCUCAAGGGACUUCAACUCAAGUUACAGGGUAGCGUCAGUGUGCAGGUAAAUGCUGGUCCAACAGCAUAUGCAGCAGCGUUUUUGGGAAAAAAUCAGGAGAAGCACUGGUCCAGCCAACAUGUAUGGGAACUCAAGCAAGUUUUUAAAAAUUUCAUCGUUGCAUGCUCUGAAUGCCUUGAAAGGAAUAGCCAGUUAAUUAAAUCUGAUCAGUAUGAGUACCACGACAAAAUGAAGGGCAAUUUUGAAGAGAUGGUUGCGGCUCUCUCUGAACUACUCGGUGAAAAUAUUCUUGAUGAGCUUCCAACACUGAAGACAAAAUCUGCCAGCCAAGUAUUCAGUAAUAUAAGUGAUUCCUGGGCAGUAUAGAUUAUUAACUGCUCAUUUGCAUAUUGCACACCUGUCCUACUUCCACAUAGAUCAAACCAUAUAUUGGAGUAAAAUACCAAAUAUCAACAUUUCCAUGUUUGUUGCUGUCAAAAUCGUUAAAUCUCUGAAGAAGUUGAGAUAUAGUUUAUCACAUGUACCUUAGUACAUGACU